ACUGAUUCUGAGGGCAUAUACAAUACCUAUUAUUGAAUGUGAAUGCAUUGGUAGUAUACAGUUAACUAUGCAUUGCAGACUAAACUGUACAAUGUUGUUCUGGUAAACCACUGUGGACUAUACUUCUUGCAUUAAUGCCUUAAAAUGAUAGCUAUCCUGUAUCGGAUUUACACUUGCACUAAGGGAACCGAGUCAACCUUAAUAUGCAGCUCUUGAUGAACGUGUACAAAAUGGCGUCCAUCCGAUGGACCAUAUACGCUGUUCUCGCUUCAGUACUCUUUAUCACCAAUGUGACGUGCUAUCUUCAACUUGAUCUUCACAAACUUGACCAGUUCGUCGAAAAAACGAGAGGACUUAUUGGACGUAUGGCAUGUUUGGACGAGAAUUCAGAACUUUGUCUGCUAUGUCCAAAUUGUGUCGAUUAUGUCAUGUAUGGUACUGUGGAUGAUCCAGCCGUUAUCAAUGAAUGGUUGGAUGUCCUAAAUUUCACCAUGGCGGAGACAUCACACUUUGCUGCUCUCGCUUCAUGGAAUUAUGUCACGAAUAUUACCAAAUACAACACUGAAUUUUUGUCCAAUGUUUCAAUGCUGUCUGGAAACUAUGGUUUGGAGAUGAAAGAUGAAGCAAGAAGAAUCAUUCAAGAUAAACUUGAUGGCAGGAGCAAAAGAAUGCUCAAAUUCGCUCUGAGGGGCAGCGAGCUUCGAGAUGGACGUAAAAGAAGAUUACUGCAAAUGACUACGAAUAAGAUGCAGACAAUAUACAGCGUCGGAAAAGUAUGUCCAUCCGACCAGCCAGCAGGAAAGACUGAGGGAUGCCUCGCAUUGGAGCCGGAUCUAGAAAACAUAUUGGCCAAAAAUCGGGAUUAUGACGAACUUCUCCGGGUUUGGGUCGGAUGGAGAGAUGCAGUAGGUCCUAAGAUCGGGAAGCUCUAUCCAACCUACGUUGAAUUGAAGAACGAAGCGGCAAAUUCAGGAGGUUAUGAUACCUAUACCGAUGUCCUCCUCGAAAAGUACGAAGACCCCACAUUUGAGGAAGAGGUCGAUGAACUCUGGCAAGAAGUCAAACCAAUGUACCUCCAGCUUCAUUCUUACGUAAGGAGAAAGUUGGCGGGAAAGUACGGAGAUGAUAAGGUAGACGUGCGCGCCCCCAUUCCAGCUCAUUUACUUGGUAAUAUGUGGGCACAGCAAUGGAAUAACAUUUACGACAUCGUGGAGCCUUUCCCCAACAAGGGAACUAUAGAUGUCACCGAUAAAAUGAAAGAAGAAGGAUGGACCGUUCUAAAAAUGUUUCAAGUUGCAAACAGGUUUUUCAAGUCUCUUGGUCUUUAUGAGAUGCCACCAACAUUCUGGACGAAGUCUAUGUUUGAGAAACCUAAAGAUAGGGAGGUUGUGUGUCAUGGAUCAGCUCAUGAUUUCGCAGAGUACAGAGAUGUCAGGAUUAAAAUGUGCACCGAAGUAAACAUGGAGGAUUUAAACACCGUACACCAUGAGAUGGGUCACUGUGAAUACUACCUUCAAUACAACAAACAACCUGAGAUCCUAAGAGGGGGUGCUAACCCUGGCUUUCAUGAGGCGGUAGGAGAUACUAUAGCCCUCUCUGUCGUUACCCCUGACUAUCUUAACCAGAUAGGUCUACUAGAUUCCAACAAAAUCGAUAAAAGCCAAGAAAUCAACUAUUUGAUGGAGGUAGCUCUCAACAAGAUAGCCUUCUUGCCGUUUGGAUUGCUGAUUGAUAAAUGGAGGUGGCAGGUGUUUCGAGGGGAGAUAACACCAGAAGAAUAUAAUGAUAAAUGGUGGCAACUUAGGGAGGAAUAUCAGGGGCUGGUCCCACCUGUAAAGAGGACUACCAGUGAUUUUGACCCCGGUGCCAAAUACCAUAUACCUUCGGGAACGCCUUAUAUCAGAUAUUUUGUGAGUUUCCUCAUCCAGUUUCAAUUUCACGAGGCUCUUUGUAAAGCAGCAAACAACCAAGGUCCCCUUCAUCUAUGUAAUGUCUAUAACUCAAAGGAAGCAGGAACUAAACUAAAAUCAAUGUUAGAGAUGGGUAUGAGCCGCCCAUGGCCUGAUGCAAUGGAAGUUCUUACUGGUGCUCCCAACAUGGAUACCUCAGCUAUCAAGGAAUAUUUUAGACCAUUGAUGGAAUGGUUGGAAAAAGAAAAUGAUGGGCAGCUGAUCGGAUGGGGAAAUGAACUUAGGAUCUUCCGUCGACAAAGGAAAUAAUUGAAUCAUGGAUAAUACUCUUCAACAAACCCUCUUUUUAUUUGGGAGGGAGUAGGGAUAGGGAUAGCAAUACGUUUUGGAACCCAAUAAUAGACAUGUUUUCUUGUCAUUCAUUGACCAUGAUUGAUGAUUGUUUUCGAUUCAUUCAUUACUUAUGUUCUUUGAUACGUUACUCAUGCCAAUAUUUUCAAACAUGAUUCACGCUCAUUUUAGGGGAUAAGGGUCCUGGUUGUAAUUAAAAAAAACAAAAACAUGUGUACCGAAAGAAAAAGGAAUUUGGAAAGUGAAAUCAUAAUUGGGUGAUUUGAAAGAAAAUCUAUCGGGGAUUUUAAUGACCCAAAAAGCUCUUUCAGAGUACAUUAAUUUGGACUAAUUCAGGCAUGGGUAAUGAUAUAGACUCGUUGAUAUUUCUACCUAAUUCUAUGGACGAACGGUAUAUGGACAUUUAUUUGUCAUAAAGGGGUGCAUAUUCUUGAGAUAAUUGUGUUUAACAUCUUUUAUCCUUCCCUUUUUCUCUUUUAGAAUAGCGAACAAAUAAAUAAUAUACUAGCGAAAAAGUUGAUUAGUGAGCAAAUUUCACUAAAACUACAGGUGUGUGAUUCACACAAAAACUGGACAUUUGUAAAGUCUUGCCAGAAAGGUUGAGAGAAAGAGGGUCAUUCGCAAAAUAGCACAUCAUCUAUUCUUAUAUAGAUGAGAUCAUUGCUAAAUUAAAAUAUGAAAAUAAUGAUCAUGAAAACUACCUGAAAAUAAACAACGGGUGUGGUUCUAGAGUGCAAUGUUGCCCAAGACACUUUUAGGAAAAUAUUUUCAUGAUUUUGUAAUCUUAUUAUGAUACUUUCACCUGUUCAAUUGAUUAGAUAUGAAAUCUAAACAAAAUCUUCGUCUAUUCCGACUGUGCAUGUUCCCCCACCAGCAAACUUUGAGGUCAGGCGAUCAAGCAAUUAGCACUUUGACAACAAUUAAACUAGAGAAAGGUGAGCGUAUACAGGUGGAUGGGCUCCAUUUCAAUUAGCAGAAAGACAACGAUUAGAGAUGUGUUUCAAGGGCAUGACGUGUACGCAACCGUUCAGCCAAAUACUUGAAUGCAUAAAUAACAUUUGAUGUUCACGGGAUAUGAAUUGAUAAUGAACUUGCAAUCUUCAUGUAAUUAAGUAGAUUCUUGGUUGUGACCACGCACCUAACAGUUAGCGAGUUCUCUGAGCCUAGCCACAAGUUUGGUCAAAUUAUGAAGUGAAGAUUCCCCGUGUUACCUCAUCAGCCUUUCGUAAGGGGAGCGCGCGUACCUUUAAACCUCUUUCAUUACCAUGACUAUAUUCGACUCUUUCCAUACAUUUUACUCGUAGAUGUCAUGAAAGUACAAGGAAUUAUAUUUAGAUUUAAAUUUAAUUCAUAUAAUAUUUAUAUUACUAUUAGAGUAAACAUGUAAUCAUCACUACUAAUGCACCAAUUGUAAUGAACUAUUAUUUUCUGGAAUUACAAUGCUAGAAAAGCAGUACCUUAUGUGUUCUGUCAUCAAGUUUCAUUGUUUGUACUUAUACCACUUUGUUGAUGCAUGGUAUUUCCAGAGAUGAAAUACAUUCAAUUAUGACUUGGCUCAUUAGCAAUUCUAUUGUAUUUGAAACCCAAUGAAACGUGUAGAAAACAGACAUCCAUGCCUCAAGAGCAUUUUAGUUAGAAAGGUAGAUGUGCUGUGAAAUAUUCUAUCCGUGUAAAAAUGUUCGCUUUGAAAUAAUAUCAUUUACUGAUAAUAAAGCCAGGUUUUAGAAUUUUCAUAAAUAUUUACAUGUAAUAAAACCAAAUAUAUCAAAAAAUUAUUCACAGAAUGAAAGAGUCUAGGUAUUUGUAUCCAAAUCGUGAAAUUGAAUAUGGGUUGGUUACGCCCAAAUAUCUCAACGAUAAAAAGACAAAUUUGAUUAUGGAUUUUGGAAUCGUUUACAAUAACGCAUGUGAUGAAAUAAUCUGGUUGAUAAUUAUGAGAAAAAAAACAUUGAAAUAAUUAUGGCGAAUAAGAAUCACUAUAGAGAUUUUUGUCACUUAUGUGAAAUUAUUUUGUAAGUAAUGGUUUUAUAGAAAUGUUUUAGAUUGUUAUAACCUAGUUAUGUCUUCCUAUGUCCAAUUUUGGGGAUACACAGUUGUCUUGAUUUAAGUUUUUCCAACAAAUCCCACUAUUUGGAAAGCUGUUGCAUUGCCUUUUAAAACAUAAUUCAAAGUCUCACGAUUUAACCAACCUAUUAUCAAUCUUUCAGUGUGGUUACUAUAGGUACAUAUACCAACUGUUGGUUAAAAAAAAAUCCCCAUUCGUUUUAUACGAAAUUUCAUUUUUACGAACAGUUUGAGAGUUUCACAUGCUAACCAAUAUUAUUUAUUCCCUACAUAAUUAUAUCAUAUAUUCAUUUAAUGCAAUGGUUUUAUUUUGAGUUGAUUUUAGAUUAAUUUCAUCUCCAUGUUGGUAUAUACGAAUAUCAUCAAGAUAUGAAGAAAAAAAAAUCUACUUGAUAAUUAUUUUUCUCGUAUAUAGAAUAAAGUGAUAGUUAUUUAUGAUAAUAAUUAUCGGUAUAUUGUCUUUGCUACAUGCAUCUUUUAUUUGUAAAUAUCCCCGAGAUUUGUUUUCAAUAUUAAUAUAAGAGCACAUUUAAUAUUUAGAAGAAAAAAGGUUUAUGGAGUGUGCGACUCUGAUCUUAAAAGUGGCCUAAAAUUAUGAAUACCUGAAUGAACACUAAUCCUAUAAGAAUUGUGCAUAAUAAGCAAAGGAAAAUCUUAAAGUUCAUGUGCCUUUUAGAAAAUUAUGGCAAGCCAACUCUGAACUAACUUGUUACAUUCUUAAUUAAAUAUGUAAAUUGCACAAGAUAAAUUAAAGCGCGUGAAUAAAAAUAAUGUUAAUAAUAAAUUACUCUUAUAUAGCGCAUUUCAUGAGAUCCAUAUCAAAGCGCUUUACAAUGUAGAACAUAUGAAAUAUACAGAAAAGGGAGAAUUAUAAAUUUUAUAACAAAAAAAUAAAAAUAUCGAGGACACUGUA